ACUGUUUCUGAAGCUCGUAUAUAAACAACGCAGAAUGACCGAAACAGCAAUUAGGUAGUCAUUCCUGUUUAUUCUUUACCAAGCUCUCGAAUUUAGGAUGUUAGCAUAAAAAACGCUAUUUAGGAUGUUAGCAUAAAGAACGCUGUCCGAUCAAGACCAGAGAAGCCCCAGAAGACGACGGAACCGAUCUGGCAGCGGCAGUCGAUCUCGCGACUCCAGUCCAGUCUUUGGUCCCAUGCCCAAGGCCCCCCAAAAUGAAGAAGAGCAUAAACCUCCUCGAAUAUUCGAGAUAGAGAGAAAUGACAAAGGGUUUCGUACGGGAAAAAAAACCCCGCGAGAGGUACAGCAAUCAGCGAUGUGGCGGCAGGAAUGAUGAUCCACGCCAGAGACAAAACGCCUUCAUCUCGGGCUCUGAGGACCAUUCACCAGUUGAAGAGUAUGUGGAAAACAGAGGCUCAGAUUCAAGCUCAUCGGAUGAGGAAGUGAAAAAGAAGAGCAAAAAGUCAAAGAAGUUCAAGAAGAAGAAGACUAUGAAGAACCGCAAGCAGUCAGCGAGCGACGGGUCAGAGGAGGAGGACACCAACGGGGAUCUGUGGGUGGAGAGGACCUGCAUUGACAAACACAUGGUGGGCCCAGAGGCCCCAUUCACCCACCUGUCCCAGGACGACAAGCCUCUCGAGUGAGGGUGCCGCUAUGGCAGAAUAUGUGAAAGCAAGCAAGCGUAUCCCAAGAAGAGGUGAAAUCGGGUUGACUAGUGACGAAAUCGCAACCAUUGAGAUGUCUGGCUUCGUGAUGAGCGGUAGCAGACAUCGUCGUAUGGAGGAUGUGCGUCCGAGAAAGGAAAACCAGAUCGACAGUGUGGAUGAAAAGAGAGCCUUGGCAUCAUUCAACCAGGAGGAAAGAGGGAGAGCAAAAUCCUCUCCAGCUUCAGAGAAAUGGUGUACAGGAAAACUAAAGGCAAAGAGGACAAAUUAGCCUUUUUGUUCCUCCCCUUUCGGGAACUUUCAGCUUCGGAUAACUUUUUCUCCCAGCAUUAUCUUUCGUUGUUUUUUUUUCUCAUCGUUUCGUGAUUUGAGAAUGUUAUUUCUUUCCUCUUUGUAUUGGGAAUUAGGCUUAUAUUACUUAUAUUUUAAAACCUCUCUGACACAGUGGACUAUUUUGUUUAUUUAGAAAGUAGUCAAUUGAAUAUUGGAAAGUGCUUGUUUGUCACAAAGCAAACAUUUUCAAAGAUGAGCACAAGACUGGACCAUGCAGAUGUAUGGUGUAUAGAUUUGGAGACCCAUCCGGAAAGCCAUUUUGUAUUGGGCUAUUACAAUACUGUGCAUCUGUAACAGUAUAACUUUAGACCGUCCCCUCGCCCAUACCUGGGUCCGAACCAGGGACCCUCUGCACACAUCAACAACAGUCACCCACGAAGCAUUGUUACCCAUCGCUCCACAAAAGCCACUUAGUGUACAAAACAUUAGGAACACCUGCUCUUUCCAUGACAUAGACUGACCAGGUGAAGGCUAUGAUCACUUAUUGAUGUCACUUGUUAAAUCCACUUCAAUCAGUGUAGAGGAAGAGACCGGUUAAAGAAGGAUUUUUAAGCCUUGAGAGAAUUGAGUUAUGGAAUGUGUAUGUGUGCCAUUCAGAGGGUGUAUUGGCAAGACAAAAGAUUGCUGUGCCUUUGAACGGGGAAUGGUAGUAGGUGCCAACCGCACUGGUUUUCGUGUCAAGAACUGCAACGCUGAUGGGUUUUUCACACUCAACAGUGUAUCAACACCCGUUGAAUAUGGCCGCCACCCAAAGGACAUCCAGCCAACUUGACACAACUGUGGGAAGCAUUGGAGUCAACAUGGGCCAGCAUCCCUGUGGUACGCGUUCGACACCUUGUAGAGUCCAUGCCCCAAUGAAUUGAGGCUGUUCUUUGGGCAAAUGGGGGCGCAACUCAAUAUGAGUAAGGUGUUCCUAAUGUUUUGUACACUCAUUGUAAUUCAAAUCCAAUCCAUCCAAGAACCUUCUACCUAUGUAACGUUUAACGUAGGAAACAUGUAUGUAAUAUCACAUAUUCAGAAUGAAUAAAUAAUUUAAAAAUAGUGGGGCUUUAUGCAAUAGGUGUAUUUAGUUGAUGUUUAAAAUUAGGUUGGAUCUUUCUCUGGGAAAUGUAUUAAAUACUGAACAAAAAUA